AUGGCGCGCGAGGACCUACUUCGUGGAAUUGGAACUCAGUUCGACAAAAUACAACUCCCCACCCUCACCGACCUUGACCGAGAGGCCAUAGCGGCGCAUUAUUGCAUGGCCGACAAGCAGCAACAGCCAAUGCAGCCUGAAGACUACAUGCACAUGUGCCUCGGGAUCGACACUAACAGGCGGCUGGAGUACUGCCGCAGCGAAGCAGAUAGCGCGUCUCCGGGGGGAAAACGAAACAACAGCGGCUCGAUGUCGAGACGAACGGCCUCGCAGCGGAGCUCCACCCCAAGGACACGGCCUCGGUCAGAGAUGCGGGCGCCUGCCAGGACAACAAUCAGGCUCGGUGUCUUGAACGGGCAAGGAAGCAGAGACCAACAGCAAACGAAGCACCAGGACCUCCGAGCCGGCAAUUUCUCAAUGAAACACGACAGCCUGAAAAUGAAGGACAAACUGGAGCGGUGGCGUCAACCAUACAUAACCCAACCCCAAGAUUUCUCAGUGUGGCAGGCGGCCGAUGCAGGCUUCCAGGUUGCCCAGUCCAAACAUGAAGCGGACCUUUAG